AUGGUUAGGUUCUUGACCCUAACGUUGAUUCAAGUCUUGAUCGUUUUGUUUGUGGCAAAUGUCUUGGAUGCCACGGAACUGAAUGUAAGGGACAAAUGUUGGAGACCAAACCCGCAUUGGCGUAAAACCCAUCGGUUCUGUCGGGUUUGCCGGAAAAAUGACGGGAAACAUCGGUAA